GGGUCCGGGCCCUGGCAGGGGCUGGGCUGGGCUGGUUAGAGGCGAUGGGGCUGCGGGAGGCUGCGCUGUGGGGGAUCUUGCUGCUGCUGUCGCCGGGACCCGACUGGCUGGAGGGAGCCCGCGGCGGGCCGCUGCGGAGGCGGCGGGCGGUGGAGCUGGGCUGCGGGGAGCUGCGCGGGUUCGAGCCCAUCCUGGGCAACAACACCUACCAGUAUGUCUUUGAUGACUUCAGCGGCACUGUAUCACUCUCCUGGGUUGGAGACAGCACUGGAGUUAUUCUCGUCCUGACCACAUUCAAGUUACCGCUGCUGUUCGUGAGUUUCAAGCAGUCCAAACUCUACAGGAGCGAGGACUAUGGAAAAACUUUCAUAGACAUCACAAAGCUCAUUAACCACACCUUCAUCCGGACGGAGCUUGGGAUGGCCAUCGGCCCAGAGAACUCGGGGAAGGUGAUUCUGACGGGGGACAUGCCUGUGCCUGGAGGGAGUCAUGGAGGAAAGAUCUUCAGAUCGUCUGAUUAUGCUAAGAAUUUUGCUCAGACAGAUCUCCCCUUUCAGCCCCAGAGUCAGGUCAUAUACCACCCGCAGAACUCCGACAGCCUGCUGGUCCUCAGCACCGAAAACAGCCUCUGGGUGUCCAGGAACUUUGGGGAGAAGUGGGAAGAAAUCCACAAAGCUGUUUGUCUGGCAAAAUGGGGCCCUGACACCACCAUCUUCUUCACCACCUACCUGAAUGACUCCUGCAAAACUGAUCUUGGGUUUUUGGAGCUAAAGAAAACCAAUGACUUUGGCAAAAGCUUCAAGACCAUAGGAAACAAAAUCUACUCGUUUGGCCUAGGAGGUCGCUUCCUGUUUACUUCCGUGGUGACGGAGCAGGGCAAUACGAGGAGGAUCCAUGUCUCGACUGACCAAGGGGAGACCUGGAAUAUGGCCCAGCUUCCAUCUGUGGGUCAGGAGCAGUUCUUCUCCAUCCUGGCAGCUAACGAGGACAUGGUGUUCAUGCAUGUGGAUGACCCUGGAGAUACUGGGUGUGGCACAAUUUACACCUCAGACGAUCGAGGCCUCAUCUACUCCAAGUCCCUCGAACGGCAUCUCUAUACUGGCAUUGGGAGUGAAACUGACUUCACCAAUGUGACCUCACUGCGGGGCGUCUAUAUCACCAGCGUGCUCUCUGAAGACCGUUCCAUCCAGUCGGUGAUCACGUUCGACCAAGGUGGCGAGUGGCUGCCACUGAGGACGCCUGUCAACGCGAAGUGUAACUCCACAGCAAAGAACAAGGAGGAGUGUAGCCUUUACAUCUAUGCAUUGUACGGCAUCUCCCUGAAUCACAACGUACCCAUGCUGCCUCUGUCCGAGCCCAAUGUGGUGGGAAUAGUCAUCGCUCACGGCAGCGUGGGGGAUGCCAUCUCUGUGGUGAGCCCAGACGUUUACAUAUCUGAUGAUGGGGGCUACACCUGGGCACGGGUGCUGGAAGGACCCCAUCACUAUGCCAUCCUGGACUCCGGGGGCAUCAUCGUAGCCAUUGAGCACAGCCUCGAGCCGAUCAAUGUGAUUAAGUUCUCGACGGAUGAAGGCCAGUGCUGGCACAAGUACACUUUCUCCAAGGAGCCCAUUUACUUCACCGGUCUGGCGUCGGAGCCAGGAGCCAGAUCUAUGAACGUCAGCCUCUGGGGCUACAGAGACUCUGUCUUGCCCCGCAAAUGGGUCUCCUACACCAUUGACUUCAGUCAUCUCCUCAGCAGGAACUGUGAGGACAACGACUAUACUAUCUGGCUGGCUCACUCCAGCGAGCCCGGCAGCCGCACUGAUGGCUGUGUUCUGGGCUAUAAGGAGCAGUACCUGCGUCUCCGCAAGUCAUCUGUCUGUCAGAAUGGCCGGGAUUACGUGACGAUGAAGCAGCCAUCUGUCUGCCCGUGCACGCUGGAGGACUACCUCUGCGAUUUUGGCUAUUUCCGCCCUGAAAACCAGUCUGUCUGCGUGGAGCAGCCGGAGCUGAAGGGCCAUGACCUGGAGUUCUGUCUCUAUGGCAGGCAGGAGCUGCUGACGACUAGAGGGUAUCGUAAGAUCCCGGGAGACAAAUGUAGCGGUGGGAAGAGUCCGAGCCGUGAGGUGACGGACCUGAAGAGGAAAUGCACAAGCAACUUGUUGACCCCCAGCCAGCUGUCCUCUGCCUCCAGCUCUGCUCCCAUAAUCCUGGCUGUCGUGGGCGUGAUGCUCCUCACCAUCAUAGCUGGAGUCCUGAUCAUUAAGAAAUACGUCUGUGGGGGCAGGUUCCUGGUCCAUCGCUAUUCCGUCCUGCAGCAGCACGCAGAGGCGAACGGGGUGGAAGGGGUUGAAGCUCUGGAUGCAGCCAGCCCUGCUAAUAAAGGGGGCUACCAUGACGAUUCUGACGAGGACCUCCUGGAGUAGGGGCACGUCGCUGCUUGCUGGCACUGGACAAGUGGGUUUGGACGCUGCCACAGAUCUGCAGAACAGCAAACGCCUCCUCCAGCCCACGUUUCUCCGCAGUGGCCGCCUGACCCCUUUCCGAGGGACUCCACGCUCCUGUCACUUCCCUUGAGAUUGUCCAGAGCCAGCAGCGCUGCUGACCCGGGGAGGAGACAGGGAGCUGCUGCAGCGACCUGGCGGCCCAGAGGCCGGGGAGUGGGGGACGUGGGCGUAAUUUAACUUUAUUUUAAUGAGAUUUCUUUCCAGCUGGUUGUUUUUUAAGGAAGACUAAAUAGGAAGGUGAAACCAGCAUUUCACUGAGCACUAAUCAUGACGAAGGUGCAAUUCACCCUGCUGCAGAGAGAAGGCUCUUAACUCCAGCGUCACCCCUCGGGGGCUCAUCUCUGCCUUGGCAUGGCCUCGGCUGGGCGAAGCUGCUGUUGGCGCUGGCCUAUCCCCACCACUUCACCUAGCAUGGGCAGGCCUCGGGGCCCCUGCCAGGACGGCAUGUCGCUUAGCCAGCACCCUGCAGGGCCACGGGCUAAAACGGGGGAGCGGGGGGUGCCUUUGAUUUCAUCAUAGGAGAAGUGAUUGGAUGGAACCAGCGCGGCGCAUCAAGUGGAGUUCAUCUCUGCGCCAGAAGUAACCGCUGGGACUGGCCCUUGUGGAACCAAAGCACUGAACUGGGAAAGCACCAUGUCUGCAAACACCGGCAGCAGCAGCAGGGGAGGGAAAGGGGUUAUUUUUAGUUCUAGGAAUAAGUGCAACAGAAAACUCAGUAGGAAUAAAUCUCCUGCUUCUUGGUGUGUUCUUCGGGAUGGUGAGAAGCAUGUUCCAGGUGGAAAUGUCAGUGCUCUGGCAAAGAGCCCCAUGGCUUCGCUUAAGGGGGCAGAAGAGAGAGGCUCCUAGUUUUCGAACAUCCACCUGUUUUCCCCCCUAAAGCAAUAGGAGACCAGCUGCUUGGUAGCUCCUAGAGCUGCUGUUGAUGUGGCCAGGAUCCUCAGUGCCCCACCCUUCCCAGUGGUAACACCUUUGAGUGUGAUAUCGCCUGACAAACUGUAAGCUGCUGCUCUAGGCGCAUUUCCCCUCGGCUGAGUACACUGCAAUGUGUCCAUGUCCCUUUUUAAACGUCUAGUUGUCCUCUGCAAUAGAUGCUGCCCUGCUGAUUGCGGAGGGGGUGUCUAGGCCAAUGCCUGGCUGGCCUUUGCACUUGGAGGACUGGGUGAUAAAAAGUGAACAUACAGAACAGUCUCUCAGAUAUAACUGGUGUUUGUUCUCCAGGGCUGGGUCCCAGCGGGCUGCCAUUCAUCCGGUGCAUUGUUAGGCACCAGCGUAGGCCAAGAUGCAAGGAACACAGUUCAACCCCAGGCACGCGGGAGACAGAAGUCUCAAGAACUGGUAUUUUUCAAACUUGGCUUAUUUGAUCUGAGACGGCUUGCCUGGAAUUGUCCAUCUCACUGUCCCAUUAGCAGCUUCCCCUUGACUUAACUCUUCUUUGACACUUUAAACCCAUUUAUUGUGACUCUUAACGUUGCUAAGUCCCAGCCUUGUCAGGGCUCAGUGUUGCAGCACCAGCUGACUUAGGAGCAUAAUGUCAUUUUCAAGAGUGCUUGGGCUCUGUCUACACUGCCUGGGUUAGCGGAACUUGAGCCGGCAGACGUAGGGCUUGAGCAUCUACACUCAUCUGUAACCCUAGGUUCGGAAGUCUUGAACCCUGAAAUUUGGCCCACAGGAUGGUGGGUGCUUUCUGCAGACUCCCAGAGUGUGAGCCCUGUGGAGCUGCAUCUACACUGCAAAGCAAUAGGGCUUGAACCCUGGGUCCUGGCUUGACUCAGGCUCAUAUGCUCCACCCUGUGGGAUCCUGGAUCGCUGGGUCCAAAUCCUGCGUUAGUAUGAUUUGUGUGUAGACGAAAGGGGUGGGGGGUUAGGCUUGAGCCUGAGUUCGAACCCUGGGCUUACAUUGCAGUGUAGACAUACCCUUAGGCUCCCGAGUCUCACUGAAAGACACUAGGACUUAGGCUCCUAAGUCAGUUAAGUUCUGCAACAAGGAGUGGAGCAGCCCUUAAAUACCUUCACAAAAAUCUGGCUGUAGCUACCGAAUUCCUGUUACACUGGGGCUUUCCUUUAAAAAUGUACAGGAAGAGCCAUGCUGUUCCUGUGGCCACUAGAAGGCGCAGUUUCCCCAGAUACAGCUGGAAGGCUGCUCUCCAAAGCUGUGCUUCUUUUGGAGUAGCCUAUUGCAAGGGAGCGAAUGUGAUCUGGCUAAGAUAGAGGCUGCUCGGUGGUGAAGGCAGAUCUGGGUGCCUUUUCCUAGGCAACACAUUGCCAAACUCUACCCUGGUCCCCUCAGUAUCCAGCAGGUGUUUACGCAGCUGGUCAUGUAGAAUAGGAAUGAAGUAGCUUAGCCUGUUUGCCUGGAGAGUUUCUGGUUCCCAGACUUGGUUUAGCAAAAUUUCUUUUUAAAGAAUGAGCUUUUGAGGAGCUUUCCUUUAGAAUUUGACUAGCAGCCAGAUAGCCGCAGCUGGCCAAAGCGCCAGGAGAAGCUCUGGGUCCACGUUCCUCACCAGCUGGGACCAGAGGCUGAAGAAUAAAUGAAAGGCGGCUGCUCUGUCUCUGGGAGUCUCCUGCAGACUGUCUCAAGCACUGCACAGCACAGCCAUCUGGGGCAGAAUCAGACGUCCACGGCUCUUAAUCCUAGAGCGGUCACUGGAGCUCCAGACAGCAGCCUGUGAUGGGAAACAGCAGCAGAGCAUUUGGGGGAUGGGACGGUCAGAUGCACGAAUGUAAAACUGGCUACACAUUCUCAGGCUCUUGAUACCAGCCUGUUCUGAAGGCACAUCCUCGUGUACAGGCUGUCGAGGAAGCUGGUAAACUGUGGGUCUCUUGCACACCCUCUGCCCCAUUUCCUGCCCCCAAACCCAGCAGCCUUGAUGUUCGCUCUGCACACGGUAGAGCAUCUGCCCCCCAGGAAGCUCGCGCACCAAGGGGGUCAACGCAUCCCUGGGGAGAGACAAAUGUCAUUGUUCUGGUGAGCAACGGUGCAUUUCCCCAUGGGCCUGGGCUGUGCAACGGCAGCCCUCCUCUCCCUGAGCAAAGCACGCUGAUGCUGCUGCAUCCCGGUCCCUGCAGAAUGGUGGCUGCCUGAGCACUGCCCUGGGGCUGCUGUCGCGUGGCAUUGAGCACCAAUGCUGCCCCAAUACCCUUGGCUUACCAGAGUGCCUGCAGGGCAGAUCAACACAGGGAUGCUGUGCCACGUGCCCUGCCCAGGAUAUGUCACCACGUAACUAAAGCCAGAGCCCCUGCCCUGCCAUGUAGAGUAUCUGCGGGGUCCAGGCCAAGGGCAGGUCCAGGGGACGGGAUGAAGGGGUGUGGCUGGGGUAUAACUGUACUAGAGAGACAAGGGGGGGAGGGGAUCUUUUAUUGGACCAGCGUCUGUUGGUGAGAGAAGUCAGGGCUAGGGAAUGACUUUGUACUGGGAUUUUUCUGUAUAUUUGCAAUAUUUGGGUUAGAAAUAAAAACCAAAUGGACUUUGUGUUA